UUAUAAUAGUAGUCGUAUACGAGUAUUGGUUUUAUACAGCGAUCCCUGUCAAACAUUGACCAUACCAACCAAACCCCGUAAACCUGAUUGAAGCACACUCCAUAUUCUCCAUUGAGACGAUUUUUCAUAUUUCUAUCCUCCAUUGAAGCAGCUUCUGUGUUUGAAUAGUCAUGGCUUGGAGAGGACAAUUAUCCAAGAACUUGAAGGAGCUUCGGGUCCUAUUUUGCCAAACUUCUCCUGCAAGUGCUGAAGCACGAACUUUUGUUGAGAAGAAUUACCAGGAGCUAAAGACAUUGAAUCCUAAAUUGCCGAUCUUGAUUCGUGAGAGCCGUGGUGUUGAGCCCCAGCUCUGGGCUAGAUAUGACUUUGGUGUUGAAAAAGGCGUCCGAUUGGAUGGCAUGAAUGAGGGACAGAUUUCAAAGGCGCUUGAGGAUCUUGUGAAAGCUGGGGAAGCUCUUAAAGCUUGAGACUUCUUCAGCUCUUCUUUGAGCAGUUGGACCCCUCUGCUAGAUGAGCCGAACUGUCUGUCAGUUUCUUUGCUUCAGCCAUACUUAAGGGAGUGAAUUGCAUUUUGUUCUUUUCUUAUUUCCCCUGUAUUAUCGAAAUGAACUAGCAUUUGUCCUCUAUUAUAAGCAGCAGAAGGGCAUUAAGCUACAGUCACUGUUCAACUGUUGCUUCCUUGGCUGUUUCAGAGUUGUAAACUGUAAUAAGCAUCCUAUAAAUUCACCAUCAUUUGGGAAUUGUUCAGCAAAUUUAACCAAAAUUUUUGUCUA